AAGGCAAGGAAAGGUUGUGGUUUUUGUUUUCAUUCCAAAAGUUUUACCCUUGGAUUACGUAACAUGGUUUUAGUUUGUGUGGAGGAUUUCGAGCAAAAGGCCAAAGAGCAUUUGGAAAAGAAUGCCCUGGACUACUACAAAAGCGGAGCUGGUGAACAAUUUACUUUGAGUCUGAAUCGUGAAGCCUUUCGUAAAUUGCGUCUUCGGCCCAGAUGCUUGAGAGAUGUCUCCAAGUUGGAUGUUGGUUGUAAGAUUUUGGGAGAACAAAUGAAAUGGCCUCUGGGCAUUGCUCCAACUGCCAUGCAAAAGAUGGCUCACCCUGAUGGUGAGAUCGGCAAUGCCAGAGCUGCUGGGAAAGCGGGCUCCAUCUUCAUAUUGAGCACUCUAUCGACUACUUCGCUAGAGGAUUUGGCAGCUGGUGCACCAGACACGGUGAAAUGGUUUCAGCUAUAUAUCUACAAAGAUCGCUCAAUCACUGAGAAGCUGGUGCGACGUGCCGAGAAGGCAAAUUUUAAGGCUCUCGUCCUGACUAUUGAUGCCCCUAUUUUCGGACAUCGUCGUGCCGAUGUCCGCAAUAAUUUCAGUCUUCCCUCACAUUUGACUUUGGCAAAUUUUCAGGGUGUUAAGGCCACUGGAGUAGUCACUGCUACGGGUGCAUCUGGUAUCAAUGAGUAUGUGUCCAGUCAAUUUGAUCCGACUAUUACGUGGCAGGAUAUUAAAUGGUUGAAGAGCAUUACCCAAUUGCCAAUUGUGGUGAAGGGUAUCCUAACGGCAGAAGAUGCAGUUUUGGCCAAAGAGUUCGGUUGCUCUGGUGUAAUUGUGUCCAAUCAUGGAGCACGUCAAAUUGACACUGUGCCCGCUUCCAUUGAGGCUCUGCCGGAGGUGGUGCGAGCUGUGGGCAAUGAUUUGCUAGUUAUGAUGGAUGGUGGCGUCCUUCAGGGCAAUGACAUCUUCAAAGCCUUGGCUUUGGGUGCUAAGACAGUUUUUAUUGGACGUCCAGCGGUCUGGGCUCUCGCCUACAAUGGCCAAAAGGGAGUGGAGGAAAUGUUGAGUGUGCUGCGAAAGGAUUUUGAAAUAACUAUGGCAUUGAUUGGCUGCCAGUCAUUUAAAGACAUUCAAUCUUCCAUGGUAAUUCAUGAAUCGGCAUACUCGAAACUUUAAUUUGUAAUCAAUAAAUGUAGCAUCAAAAUAGAA